AUGUCCCCCUCGCCCCGAUCAAUUAUUGCAACUGUGAUAGCUGCUGCUUCGACAGGAAUAAUAAUUGGAAUUAUAGUGGCUGUUGUGCCAUCUGCUGGGGAUUCAUGUUUAAAUAUUGAGCCGCCGUCCAAUUUAAAAGUGACAAAAAAAGAGAAUCACAUCGUCAUACAAUGGUCACCCACUCCAUCAAAUUGCCAUGUUUAUUACGCUCUUGAGGUUACUAUGGACGGAGACAUUAACCCUAUACAAUAUGAGACAACAGAUACGUUUUUCACUAUUUCACGACUGCCGAAAUAUUGCACAAACGUUGAUGUUGGAAUAAGUGCUGUAGGAAAUGAAGCUAUUAGUGAUGCAGUUUUUUUAUCAUAUUUAGUUCCACCUACAGAAGAGGAAGUUAGAAAUGCUAUAAUUAAAGUACAAUCAUAUGAUCAUACGAUAAAUAUGUUGGAAUGGACGAACAUUGCAGAAACAUUUAAUGGAUGCACUGUUAAAUACCGACUUAUCGUAAAUGACCAAGAAGUUGUUCCCGAUUUAGAAACCAAUCAUUACUAUUUUAAGAACGGAUUGACUAAACAGUGUAAAGAUAAUGAAAUUAUAUUGAUCCCCAUAGUCGAAGGAAUUUUUGGAACGAAAAACGAGCUGACAGAUGAUGUAGAAGUACCGCCAUCCAAGGAUAAGAUUAAUGCUGUUGCUCUUAGUCUUGGCCCAUACGUUCCAACUGCUAAAAUAUUAACAUGGACGGAUUAUGAAGCCGAAUUUAGCGGAUGUACAGUUACUUACCGUCUUACAGUAAACGAUAUACCAAUUCAACCUGAUUUAAUCACCAACACUUUUCAAUUUACCGAUGAAUUGACUAAUCCAUGUAAAGAUAACACAGUUAAAUUGAUGCCUAUAGUGUCGGGAGUAAACGGGUUGGAGAAAGUAAUAUCCCCCAUAUCUCCACCCUUCCCCCCUCCUCGCCCACUCUAG